AUGACAUUGGUUUUCGCUGUGUCUUUUACCGGUGCCGGUUCGAUGCCACUUGCCAACAGCACAGGCUCCUCGGCCUUGAUCGAAGAGCCUUCUCUAGACUGGGCAAGAGAUAGCAAACUGGGAUUGGGCACGCAACCGGAGGUGGAAGAUAAGCCCAAGUGGCCACCGGUAUUAGUCCCGGAGGGUGCACAUAUCACAUCCACAAUGAUAGAAGGGGAACAGCCUCCUAUUCCGCAGCCUACAUCACCGCCGCCUAUCAGCCCAUGUGAAAGAGUCCCAGGGGCACCAGUCCUUAGCCUAGCUCUGAGCUGUAGCCCAACAAUGCCUCUGACAGGGAGUCUGGAGAUCUCUAUCAGAGUGAUAUACCACGGUCUAUCGGAUAAUGUUAAAGAAGAACUCUGGCCGAUCACUUUCCACACCUGGGCAUUCAAGCCGGUAGAUAGCCAAUUCCGCGUCUAUCGCCAUCGCUGUCGAGAUCAUUCUAGUCUAGAGACAGAGGAGGAAUGGGAGACAUUUUACGCCGACGGCCAUCGACAUCAGUUUUGGGACAAUUCCGAUAAGCUGAUAAACGUGUUUGAGAACCGAGAUAAUCAGCUUCUGACCCUCUUCCCUGGGGAAUCCUGGUCAGACUUCUGGACAAUGACGGCGGACGGGGACGGGCUCCCCGAUGCCCUGAAACCCGGCGAGCGGCUCCAAUACCAGUUCAAGGGGAAUACAUUGGACCGGUGGGAUUAUGGAACGGCCGAGUCUCACGCGCAGACCAUCGUAACGCUGCCUGGCUCGGGGGUGGAACCGAUUUCGAACCCUAAGGAUACUGAAGGCCGGCCGAAAGUGGUCGUACCGGCGCAAACAUCGUGA